AUGAAACGAACAACUAGUCUUUUAUUUUUCUUUGCCAUUAUUAUAACAAUUAGUGCUCCACCAGUAGUUGAACAUCCCAAGAAAGAUAAACCACAAGAUGAUUCAAAAGAUGAUGAACAGACUGAUGACGUGGUAUGAAGAAAUCAUUUUUUUU